AUGUUCCCGAUAACGUGCAACGCGAUCGGCGACAUAUUCGCAGUCGUACAGCUCAUUCGCGAUAUUGUUGUAGCACUCGAUGAUGCACGCGGCGCUGCUGAAGAAUACAAGCAGUUCACUCGCGUCCUUUCCGCCCUCGGUACCGUCAUGGGCGAAGUCUAUGAUCUUGCCACCGCCUCGUGCAACGAGGCCUUGAAACAAGCCGUACUCGAGGAGGUCCAACUAUGCUGCAUCGACAUCAACAACGCACACAACAGCAUCGCGAAGUUCGACAGGCUCGAGGGCGAUACUUCUGUCCGCACAUCUCGCGCGGGCACGUUGUUCGCCAAGCUCCAUUGGCACUUCCUCAAGGCCUCGGAUGCGGCGAAGUACGCAAAGCGCUUCAGCGAGUGCCACCAGCGACUUGGUAUAUACAUCGGCUUACUUAGCCAUCAAUCGCUGUCGCUACUACUAAAGGAACAACGCUAUCAUCUCUCAGUUGUGCCCACCCAGAGUCGCGCAGCUCGCGGACCCGCCGACAGGAUCGAAGCCGUGGCUCUCUCUGCCUUCCAACAGAUCCCGUCGAUAUCGCGCCAACAAGUUGCUGAGCAGACUCUUUCCCGGCCCUUCUUCGCUAGGCCUCACGAUCGACGAGUCGCGUCUCGCGUCAAACGCGUCGCCGACAUGAUCUUCGACGUUCUCUCUCCUGAUACUCCACGGGAUCAACACGAUCGAUUCUCAUCUCUGCUUGCGCCGUUCAUCGUUACAGGUGCUGCGUUCCUAGUUCAUACCAACGUCAGCUCGGAAUGGCAGGCUACGGGCUUUUGGACGACCAUCUGUGCGCUCGUCGUGCAGGUUCUCUGGCUUCAAUCGUCCACUCCAAAGUGUCCGGGCUUCAGUCGUGAAAACGGGAUACAUCUCAUCGGGUUAGUUGGGGAGGAUAUCAUUCUACCAUACCACUGUUGCUUCACUUUUGAGGAGGUCCACGAGUUCUUGAAUCUGAUCUACUCCAAGAUGUCAGGAGCAUCCGAUUAUGUCCCCCGCAAGUGUUAUGAACUUUAUCAGGCCGGGACAUCGUCGCUCAUCUCAGCGGAUAACUGGGCGGCUUGUAUACAGCCCGGUAUCUGCAUGGAGAUGGGCUUGUUGGACAUCGGGUACUUCGAAGACAAUGUUGCACGUUGUCCUUACUGUAGCUGUGAGUACGACAGCCCUUGCUCAGAAUCGAGUGAGGUAGAUUGUGUCGGUUGCUCCAGGAGGUUCCGACGGACUAGAGAAGAUUUGGACUUCGCUAGGUUGGCUAGCGUUAACGCAGUAGCAAACAUUUCGGCAAGGCGCCACAGCAUGGAUUGGGACUCGGCUGUCUCGCGGAUGAACGUGCCAGUGACUGCCUUGACAACAUCAGCCCAGUAUGUCGCUUAUGUAAAUGUUGAUGCGGCCUUGUCGUUUGCGCGCAGAUGUCGUCGCGUUCACGUCGUCUACGAGCAAUGCAUCUACAAUUACACGCCGGAGCAGAUGCAAUUGGCGUCGCAACAGGUCGUGGACACCCUGAUUUCCGAACAGGACACGUUCUCGAGGUCAACCCUCGUUUAUGGAUUAUUUCGGAUACACCUACAGUCCCUUUGUCGCUGGAACCCCAAACAUACGGAUUACGAACGCAAUCUGCGCACAUCGAUAUCUAUGUACAAUGCUGCGCUAGCAGAAUUUGAGCACAGCGGUGCCCUAAUCAGUAACCCUCGUGGUAAUGCGGUGCUCUACCAACCUAUGACAGUCGUGCAUCAGUUACUCGCCCAGAUGUUCUCAUCACUGAACGCUUUUGUCGAGCAGCCAUCAGAAGACAGUAUGUGCCAGUGGGAGAAUGUAGUGAAGAGCUACUCGGGGGAGUAUCUAUCAUCCGACGAGCGGGAUAAGUUUCAGGAGCUAGUAAGAGAACAUGGGAUAAUCAGCCAGGACUUCACAACUGCGUUCGGCUUUGCAGGAAGAUCGUCUUGA